AUGCCAGCAACGAAGGCCAGGUCUUUCGUGGACCUGGUCAUGACUGUUCCGCAACCUAUUCCGGAAGUAAAUCUUCCAAUGAGGUCUCCAAAUAUGAUAGAAGGCCAGGUGUGUUUCAUGUUCUCCAAGGAAGAAAUGGUGUUAUCGGCAGAACCUUUCAGAUACUCUCUGGUUUUGAAGUUCCUCAAGCAGAGACAUUCUCUAGAUGCCAUAAGGAUGUUUAUUCGUGUGAGAUGGGGAUUAAUGGGAAAUGCGGUAGUCUCCUCCAUGAGCAAAAACCAUAACGUUUUCAUCCGCCUAACAUCGGAAGAAGAUUUCAACAAGGCGUUCUCCCGAGAAGCCAGCGAGAUAAAUGGUGUUUCGUAUAGAGUUUUCCAUUGGACACCGGGAUUUACGAAAGAAGAGGAAACUCCUAUUGUUCCGGUUUGGGUGAUGCUCCCAGGUCUCCCUCCAAAUUUCUAUCACAAUUCCAUCCUCAAAAUACUGACGGCACCGCUUGGGAAGUUCAUACGAUCUGAUAACUCCACUCGUUGUACGACGAGAACGGACGGAGCUCGAGUUUGUUUAGAGAUGGAUGCCUCUAAACAGCAUUUGGAUUCAUUCUGGAUUGGCACACCUAGUUCUAGUUUCAAACAGGACGUCGUUUUCGAGACAUUGCCGACUUUCUGCUCAAGUUGCAAGUUGCAGGGGCACAACAAAACAACAUCUGGUGGAGUGAAAAUAACAGAGGACCAGGAUGUUGCGAAGAAUGACAAAGUGCAGGAGCAAGGAGAGGAAAGGCUGACGGAAAAGGAAGUGCAAAAAGAGACAAGGAAAAGUCAGGUGAGAGAAGUAAGGGACAAAGAGAUUGUUAUUCAGGAGUUUGGCAGCUUGAACUCCCCAGUAAACAAGGAAAACAUUUCUGAUGGGGAGAUGGAAGAGCAGGAGUUUGUUCCAGAUAGUAUGAAGUAG